CAUAAAACUGAAGUGAAGUAAUGUUAGUGUUUACAAAUUGAACGAUUUUGAAUUUGUUUUGAAUGAGCAUACUGAUAUAUUUUAUAUUGGUUUGAACAUUCAUGAAAAUGGCAUCAUUUAAAGUAAAACAAGAUGAUCUAAGAAAGUUAAUGAAAGAAAGAAGAGAAAAGAAACUUGGAACAAUUAAAGUUGAAUCACCUUUUGCCAAGUAUGACAGUUUAGGUCAGCUAACUUGUUCAAUCUGCAAUGUCGUUGUAAAAAGCAGUAAUUUAUGGGGAACUCAUAUAGCUGGAAAAAUUCACAAAGAGAAUCUUACAAAACAGAAGAAAUCAACACCAAGCAAUGAUUUUAAUAAUACUGUUGCUAUUGGAAUAAAACGGAAUACAGAUCAGCCAGAAGUAACAAAGAAAAUAAAAAGUGAUAUGAAGCCUCCAGAAAAAUCAGAGCCACCGAAAGCAGCUUCACUAUUAGCAAAUUAUUCAGAUUCUGAUGAUUCAGACAUGGAUACAACAGAUGAUGCAGUUCCAUCUCAAAAUUCAUCAAAUAAUGGUUUGCCACCCGAUUUUUUUGACAGCAGUGCAUCAAAUAUAAAUUCAACUACACCACCAGUCUCUGCAUCUGAAACACCCAUGGAGGAAAAUGUAACUGCUGUUGCAAAGAGCACUGAUGCACCACUACCUGAAGGAUUUUUUGAUGAUCCUGUUUUAGAUGCUAAGGCUAGAAAUAUUGAGUAUAAGGAUCCUGUUGAAGAAGAAUGGGAGAAAUUUCAGAAAGCUAUUGCUGAAGAAACAAAUGUAUCAAAUACAAUAAUUGAAGUAGAUUUGGAAGAAACUGUUCUAGAAAGAGACAUAGAACAAAUAGAUGAACAGAUACAUCAGUGGGAACGAGUUAAAAACUUACAGGUACUGGCUGAUGAUGUAAAAAUGAAAACUGUUCAUAAAGAUGAUGAUAAUAAUGAAUCUGGUAAUACUGAUGAUGAUCUUGAUGAAGAUGACUUAUUAGAUUGGCGAUCAAAAGGUGUAAAAAAGUCAUGACAGCACUGUUUUAUUUGAUCAAAAGAAGCUGUUUUUACUUUGUAUAUUUUUGUAAAUAAAUUCAGUAAAGUUUGUUGUUAAUAUAAGUAAAAUUCUUUUCGUAUUC